GCUACUGGUCCAAAAGACUUACUUCAGGGUGGAAACACAGCCCCUCUUGAGAUUCAGAGGGAGACGGUUAGUGUGAGUGCACCAACGGACGAGGAAGAGCAGGGGUCAACCUCAGCCUUGUUGGAGAACAUUCAGGAGAGUAUGGACCAGGAAUUAUUGGAGAUGCUGGUGGAGAAUGUUUUAAAAGACUGUCCUUCUGCAUCAGAGAACUUCAGUCUGGAGAUCCUACCUGACACCUGCUUGGCUGUUGUGACCUUUCAAAAUGCAAAAGGUAAACGAAUUUAAAAAAGUUUACAGCUUAUACAGUGCUUUCGGAAAGUAUUCAGACCCCUUCACUUUUUCCACAUUUAGUUAAAUUACAGCUUUAUUCUAAAAUGGAUAAAAAAAUAAAAUAAAAUAAAAUACCCCAUCAUGACAAAGCGAAAACAUGUUUUCAGAAAUGUUUGAACAUUUGCUAUGAGAGUCAAAAUUGAGCUCAGGUGCAUCCUGUUUCCAUUGAUCAUCCUUGAGAUGUUUCUACAACUUGAUUGGAGUCCACCUGUUGUAAAUCCAAUUGAUUGGACAUGAUUUGGAAAGGCACACACCUGUCUAUACAGUGGGGAAAAAAAGUAUUUAGUCAGCCACCAAUUGUGCAAGUUCUCCCACUUAAAAAGAUGAGAGGCCUGUAAUUUUCAUCAUAGGUACACGUCAACUAUGACAGACAAAAUGAGAAAUAAAAUUCCAGAAAAUCACAUUGUAGGAUUUUUUAUGAAUUUAUUUGCAAAUUAUGGUGGAAAAUAAGUAUUUGGUCAAUAACAAAAGUUUCUCAAUACUUUGUUAUAUACCCUUUGUUGGCAAUGACACAGGUCAAACGUUUUAUGUAAGUCUUCACAAGGUUUUCACACACUGUUGCUGGUAUUUUGGCCCAUUCCUCCAUGCAGAUCUCCUCUAGAGCAGUGAUGUUUUGGGGCUGUCGCUGGGCAACACGGACUUUCAACUCCCUCCAAAGAUUUUCUAUGGGGUUGAGAUCUGGAGACUGGCUAGGCCACUCCAGGACCUUGAAAUGCUUCUUACGAAGCCACUCCUUCGUUGCCCGGGCGGUGUGUUUGGGAUCAUUGUCAUGCUGAAAGACCCAGCCACGUUUCAUCUUCAAUGCCCUUGCUGAUGGAAGGAGGUUUUCACUCAAAAUCUCACGAUACAUGGCCCCAUUCAUUCUUUCGUUUACACGGAUCAGUCGUCCUGGUCCCUUUGCAGAAAAACAGCCCCAAAGCAUGAUGUUUCCACCCCCAUGCUUCACAUUAGGUAUGGUGCAACUCAGCAUUCUUUGUCCUCCAAACACGACGAGUUGAGUUUUUACCUAAAAGUUAUAUUUUGGUUUCAUCUGACCAUAUGACAUUCUCCCAAUCCUCUUCUGGAUCAUCCAAAUGCACUCUAGCAAACUUCAGACGGGCCUGGACAUGUACUGGCUUAAGCAGGGGGACACGUCUGGCACUGCAGGAUUUGAGUCCCUGGCGGCGUAGUGUGUUACUGAUGGUAGGCUUUGUUACUUUGGUCCCAGCUCUCUGCAGGUCAUUCACUAGGUCCCCCCGUGUGGUUUUGGGAUUUUUGCUCACCGUUCUUGUGAUCAUUUUGACCCCACGGGGUGAGAACUUGCGUGGAGCCCCAGAUCGAGGGAGAUUAUCAGUGGUCUUGUAUGUCUUCCAUUUCCUAAUAAUUGCUCCCACAGUUGAUUUCUUCAAACCAAGCUCCUUACCUAUUGCAGAUUCAGUCUUCCCAGCCUGGUGCAGGUCUACAAUUUUGUUUCUGGUGUCCUUUGACAGCUCUUUGGUCUUGGCCAUAGUGGAGUUUGGAGUGUGACUGUUUGAGGUUGUGGACAGGUGUCUUUUAUACUGAUAACAAGUUCAAACAGGUGCCAUUAAUACAGGUAACGAGUGGAGGACAGAGGAGCCUCUUAAAGAAGAAGUUACAGGUCUGUGAGAGCCAGAAAUCUUGCUUGUUUGUAGGUGACCAAAUACUUAUUUUCCACCAUCAUUUGCAAAUAAAUUCAUAAAAAAUCCUACAAUGUGAUUUUCUGGAUUUUUUUUCCUCAAUUUGUCUGUCAUAGUUGACGUGUACCUAUGAUGAAAAUUACAGGCCUCUCUCAUCUUUUUAAGUGGGAGAACUUGCACAAUUGGUGGCUGACUAAAUACUUUUUUUCCCCACUGUAUAAGGUCUCACAGUUUACAGUGCAUGUCAGAGCAAAAACCAAGCCAUGUGUCACGAUCGUCUUGACGAGAAGGAGUAGACCAAGGCGCAGCGUGUGAAACGAACAUGACUUUAAUUAGUAAAGCACAAGUACAAAACAAAACACGAUCGUGAAGUCCACAGUAACACUGACUGAACACGGAACAAAAACCCACAACCCCAAGGUGAAAACAGACAGUAUAAAUAUGGCUCCCAAUCAGAGACAACGAGCCAACAGCUGACACUCGUUACCUCUGAUUGGGAGUCACUCAUUCAAACAAAGAAAUACAACCCCAUAGAACAACCCAACCAAACAGAACACCACGAAACGAACACACCCUGGCUCAACAUACAAAGUCCCGGAGCCAGAGCGUGACAGUACCCCCCCCUAAAGGCGCGAACUGCGACCGCGCCUCAAAACCCCAAACAGGGGAGAGCUGGGUGGGCAUUUCUCCUCGGAGGCGGCUCCGGCUCCGGGCUUGACCACCACCCUUCCACAAUCCCCCCGUAGCGCCCCCGGUCCGGUCUGACCCCGCUGGCUGGAUCUGGACCGGACAUAGACGGAGCGGAUUGCUCAAACUCCGUAGUGGAGUAGCUGACCUGAUCAGGCACCGGACUGACGACGCGCACCCCUGGCUUGGUGCGUGAGGCAGGAACGGACCGGACCUGGCUGACGAUACGCACCCUUGGCUUGGUGCGUGGAGCCGGAACGGACCUCACCAGGCUGACGACUCGCAUCCUUGGCUUGGUGCGAGUAGCAGGAAUGGGCUGGAUCAGGCUGACGACUCGCACCCUUGGCUUGGUGCGAGUAGCAGGAACGAGCUGGACCAGGCCGACGACGCACCCCGUAGGCUUGGUGCAUGGAGCAGGAACAGGCCGGGCUGGGCUGGCGACGCACACCGUAGGCUUAGUGCGUGGAGCAGGAACAGGCCGGACAGGGCUGGCGACGCACACCGUAGGUUUGGUGCGUGGAGCAGGGACAGGCCGGGCCGGGCUGACGACGCACCCCGUAGGCUUGGUGCGUGGAGCAGGAACAGGCCGGGCUGGGCUGGCGACGCACACCGUAGGCUUAGUGCGUGGAGCAGGAACAGGCCGGACAGGGCUGGCGACGCACACCGUAGGUUUGGUGCGUGGAGCAGGGACAGGCCGGGCCGGGCUGACGACGCACCCCGUAGGCUUGGUGCGUGGAGCAGGAACAGGCCGGGCUGGGCUGGCGACGCACACCGUAGGCUUCGUGCGUGGAGCAGGAACAGGCCGGGCUGGGCUGGCGACGCACACCGUAGGUUUGGUGCGUGGAGCAGGAACAGGCCGGGCAGGGCUGGCGACGCACACCGUAGGUUUGGUGCGUGGAGCAGGGACAGGCCGGGCCGGGCUGACGACGCACCCCGUAGGCUUGGUGCGUGGAGCAGGGACAGGCCGAACAGGGCUGGCAACGCACACCGUAGGCUUCGUGCGUGGAGCAGGAACAGGCCGGACUGGGCUAUGGAGACGGAUAGGAGACCUGGAGUGAAGAGCUGCCACAACCCGUCCUGGCUGAAUGCCUACCUUCACACACUCUGUGUGAGGCAUCAGCACAGGACGUACAGGGCUGUGUACCCGUACUGGCAUAACAGCACGUGACACUGGCGCAGGAUAUCCGGGACCGAGGAGAGGCACUGGAGGCCGCGAGCGCUGAGCCGGCACACUCCGUCCUGGCUGCAUGCCCACCUUCGCACAACACGUGCGGGGUGCUCGCACAGGACGUAACCGGACUAUGCCGGACCACUCGCGGCACAGUGCGCAUCUCCGCAUACCGCGGAACCUGCCCAGCCUCAUGCUGCCAUGCCUGAGUACGGGGAGUUGGCUCUGCUCUCCAUCCAGGCUCCGCCAACCUGCCUUCUGGCCCCCAAAAGCCGGUGGCCUCCUCUCUUAAUCUCCCAAUCCGCCCUGUGGCAGCCUCCUGCUGCCCAGUCGCCCAUGCCGUGUGCCCCCCCCUAAAAAAUUAUUGGGGGUGCCUCUCGCCUUUCCGACCACGGCCCGGUUGACGCCGCUUCUCCACUCCUGCCUGGGUCUCCCCCUUCAUUGCCCUCCGGUACCGGACGGCCUCCUCCUCGGUAAUCUGCCCCCAACCGAGGAGGACAUCCACCAGAGUCACCUCCUGCGUGUGUUCCUGGACACGCUGCUUGGUCUUUGUAUGGUGGGUUUUUCUGUCACGAUCGUCUUGACGAGAAGGAGUAGACCAAGGCGCAGCGUGUGAAACGAACAUGACUUUAAUUAGUAAAGCACAAGUACAAAACAAAACACGAUCGUGAAGUCCACAGUAACACUGACUGAACACGGAACAAAAACCCACAACCCCAAGGUGAAAACAGACAGUAUAAAUAUGGCUCCCAAUCAGAGACAACGAGCCAACAGCUGACACUCGUUACCUCUGAUUGGGAGUCACUCAUUCAAACAAAGAAAUACAACCCCAUAGAACAACCCAACCAAACAGAACACCACGAAACGAACACACCCUGGCUCAACAUACAAAGUCCCGGAGCCAGAGCGUGACACCAUGAGGUCAAAGGAAUUGUCCGUAGAGCUCCGAGACAGGAUUGUGUCCAGGCACAGAUCUAGGAAAGGGUACCAAAACAUUUCUGCAGCAUUGAAGGUCCCCAACCUGACAGAGCUUGAGAGGAACUGCAGAGAACAAUGGGAGAAACUCCCCAAAUACAGAUGUGCCAAGCUUGUAGCGUCAUACCCAAGAGGACGAGGCUGUAAUAGCUGCCAAAGGUGCUCCAACAAAAGUACUGAGUAAAGGGUCUGAAUACUUAUGUAAAUGUGAUAUUUCAGUUAUUUCAAGAAAUUCUAAAAACCUGUUCUUGCUUUGUCAUUAUGGGUUAUUUUGUGUAGAUUGAUGAGGGGAAAAAACUAUGUAAUACAUUUUAGAAUAAGGCUUUAACAUAACACAAUCUGGAAAAAGUGAAGGGGUCUGAAUACUUUCUGAAUGCACUGUAAGUGCCUCAUGAGCUUAGUAAAACGUUCGUACCCCAUCAUAACCCCAAAUAUGUGGUUUUACUCCUUUGUUUAUGUGUUUGUUGUUAUUUGAGUCUUUGUAAACAAAUGAUGUAUAGCUUAAAAAUAAUUGAAAGUAUUAUGUAGAUCCCAUGGACUGUCAACCCUUACAUCUGGAACUCUGUCUAUGAAAUGAAGAGUGGUUACAUCCCAGCUAACAAAUACUACCCUUUAAUGGAAAACUGUAAUUUAUAAGUGAUUUGGGGUAUUAUCAACAGUAAAAUACUGUAAAAUGCCACAAUACUGCAGCAUACUAUAAAUUAUGGUGCAUUGUGGGAAGAGAAAAUUGCUGUAUUUCAAAUUGUACUGUAAUUCAGCACUGGACCAUAUCUUUUGAACGGCAAAAACCUUUUGACCACAAGGGAUUGCAUGUUAUUGUUGUUUCUGUCUCAUUACCAUAUUUGGAGGAGUGCCUUAUUAGAGGCUAUAUUUGUUGCACCCGUUAGUGAGAACGCUGUUCCAAUUUAACUCAUAUGUGGUUCUACUGGUUGAGGAUUUUUCUAUGUCCUUUUGGUCUGUUUGGCCCCCGUUAGUGAGAACGCUGUUCCAAUUUAACUCAUAUGUGGUUCUACUGGUUGAGGAUUUUGCUAUGUCCUUUUGAUCUGUUUUGCCCUGUAGUCGCUGCCAGUUUGGAAGCCUUUGUUAAGGCCUCUAGAAGUGCAAGUGAUAUAAAACACAACAUAUUCAUUGAUAUGCUGUGAUGUGUAAAAACAUUACCUAACACCCAACCUACUGUGAAAUACAAACCCAAUCUCCCCUCAAUGAAUUGCAUUCAUUCAUUCAUUCAUUCAUUCCAAUUACAGUAGCAUUAACUUUUUUACAGUAUAAUACAGUCAAUUUUACGGUAUUGUACUGUGUGUCAUUACACAGUAUAUGCUUUGAUACUGUAUUUAGAUUACAGUAGAUGUACUGCAAUAUCAAAUACACUACAGUAACUAACUUAUCACGAGCUGCCUUUAAAUAACUGUCAAAUUCACAGCAACCCCUUUACAGUGUACAGUCGUGGUCAAAAGUUUUGAGAAUGACAAGUAUUGGUCUUCACAAAGUUUGCUGCUUCAGUGUUAUGAUAUAUUUUUGUCAGAUGUUACUAUGGUAUACUGAAGUAUAAUUACAAGCAUUCCAUAAGUGUCAAGGCUUUUAUUGACAAUUACAUUAAGUUUAUGCAAAGAGUCAAUAUUUGCAGUGUUGACCCUUCUUUUUCAAGACCUCUGGAAUCCACCCUGGCAUGCUGUCAAUUAGCUUCUGGGCCACAUCCUGACUGAUGGCAGCCCAUUCUUGCAUAAUCAAUGCUUGGAGUUUGUCAGAAUUUGUGGGUUUUUGUUUGUCCACCCGCCUCUUGAGGAUCGACCACAAAUUCUCAAUGGGAUUAAGGUCUGGGGAGUUUCCUGGUCAUGGACCCAAAAUGUCUAUGUUUUGUUCCCCGAGCCACUUAGUUAUCCAUCAUCCUGGAAAAGGCAUUGGUGGUCACCAAACUGUUCUUGGAUGGUUGGGAGAAGUUGCUCUCGGAGGAUGUGUUGGUACCAUUCUUUAUUCAUGGCUGUGUUCUUUGGCAAAAUUGUGAGUGAGCCCACUCCCUUGGCUGAGAAGCAACCGCACACAUGAAUGGUCUCAGGAUGCUUUACUGUUGGCAGGACACAGGACUGAUGGUAGCGCUCACCUUGUCUUCUCCGGGUCAAGGUGUUUUCCGGAUGCCCCAAACAAUCGGAAAGGGGAUUCAUCAGAGAAAACGACUUUACCCCAGUCCUCAGCAGUCCAAUCCCUGUACCUUUUGCAAAAUAUCAGUCUGUCCCUGAUGUUUUUCCUGGAGAGAAGUGGCUUCUUUGCUGCCCUUCUUGACACCAGGCCAUCCUCCAAAGGUCUUCGCCUCACUGUGCGUGCAGAUGCACUCACACCUGCCUGCUGCCAUUCCUGAGCAUGCUCUGCACUGGUGGUUCCCCAAUCCCGCAGCUGAAUCAACUUUAGGAGACGGUCCUGGCGCUUGCUGGACUUUCUUGGGCGCCCUGACGCUUUCUUCACAACAAUUGAACCUCUCUCCUUGAAGUUCUUGAUGAUCCGAUAAAUGGUUGAUUUAGGUGCAAUCUUACUAGCAGCAAUAUCCUUGCCUGUGAAGCCCUUUUUGUGCAAAGCAAUGAUGACGGCACGUGUUUCCUUGCAGGUAACCAUGGUUAACAGAGGAAGAACAAUGAUUUCAAGCACCACCCUCCUUUUAAAGCUUCCAGUCUGUUAUUCUAACUCAAUCAGCAUGACAGAGUGAUCUCCAGCCUUGUCCUCGUCAACACUCUCACCUGUGUUAAUGAGAGAAUCACUGACAUGAUGGCAGCUGGUCCUUUUGUGGCAGGGCUGAAAUGCAGUGGAAAUGUUUUUUUGGGAUUAAGUUCAUUUUCAUGGCAAAGAGGGACUUUGCAAUUAAUUGCAAUUCAUCUGAUCACUCUUCAUGACAUUCUGGAGUAUAUGCAAAUUGCCAUCAUCAAAACUGAGGCAGCAGACUUUGUGAAAAUUAGUAUUUGUGUCAUCCUCAAAACUUUUGACCACGACUGUAGGUCUUAUACAUGUUUGGAAUGUUAUGGUUUACUGUUCACCUAACAUGAAUAUGUCCAGUUUUUUUUGAGUUUCAGGAAUGUUUCAUUUACAGUAUGUCAAACUUCAAAGAGAAGAUCUCCAGAACAUAAUUCAACAUGGUUUGCCUGAGUACAUUGAUUGAAAAAAAGAAUAGAUCUCAGCUAGUCUACUUUUAUUUUUUGGCAGCGACUGAGCACUUCAUUUCAAGCUGCCCCGGGAACAGAAAGUUCAUGCAGAAACAAUUACGAGUCAAACCCCUGGAGGUUACAGCAAAAGUGAAAGUUGAAAACAUACCACCUAAAUUUAGUUCAGAACACCUCAGCUUCUACUAUGACAAAUAUGAGGUUGUGGAAGACGUUGUAAUGACUGAAGAGGACCAAUGUGCAAUCAUCACCUUUCAAGAUUCGAAAGGUAAGUUAUUGGUAUACAGUAUGCCUUGGAAAAAUGCAUAUUUUAAAAUGAUGUAUUAACAAAUAUUUAUUGUCUUUUAGCUGUUGACAGAAUCCUAAAACAGAAAAAUAAAGAGAUGAAAGUUUUCCCAUUUUAUGAAUCUCUGGGAACAGCCCUGUAUGGCAAAGAUAGACCCACAUUGAAACUCCCUGCGGCCUUCACUGAGAACAUUGAUCAGGCCAUUUGGAGAUACCUUUCUGACAAGAAAGGAGUUGCAGAGACCAUCCACAAGAAUAUGGCUGAUCACUUCUGCAAAGUAGACUUUCAACAACCUACCGUCCAGUUAAGCCCUCUGCCUUCUCUACUCCAGCAGAAGGAUGUCGAAGCCAAGCACAUCAAGAAGUGGAAGACCACUGCCAAGGCUGUCUUCAUUCAAGCCUUGUCUAAAUUCAAGUCCUUGGAGCUCCAGAUCCAGGCCAACGCAUGGGAAGCAUAUGAAGGUGCAAUACACAAGGCGAUGUCAGGGGAAGCGGUGGUUGUAGUUCCUGAUCAGCCUGGAGGUAUUGUGAAAGUGGUGGGAUUGGAAGAAGAUGUGGAUAGGCUCAAACAAACACUAAAUGGGAUCAUGGACAGGAUUGCCAACAGCAUUGAGAGGGAGAAGACGGGUAUAACAGAGGAGUUCCCCCUGACACCCUCUACCUACCAUAUACUUUUGCAAGAUGGCCUACAUGACAAAAUUGCAGGUGAAUUUCCAGAGCUGAAAAUGACGUACAAUCAUCAGAACCAGAGUGUGAUCUUAUUUGGCUUGACACAAGAGGUUUUGGGUGCUAACAGGAAGUUUAUAGAAAGAGGGAUGGCAGUGAAACGGAGGAUGGUGCAAUUAGACAACUAUGUCUUUGAGUUUCUGCAGAAGAGCAAUGAGGGAGAUGAGGAAAAACUUACCAGUUCCCUUUUCACUUCACAAGGGAUUAAUGCAGCACUAGAACUAGAAAGAACGGGAGUUCAGCUCUUGGCUGUCUCAGAGGAGGUCCUGAGCGAAGCAGAAAACCAACUAGAUACCCUUUUGAUUUCACAAUACAUCGAUGUUGAGGACUCCAAUGUCCUGAAGAUAUCAGAGUGGCAAGACAUUGUCACUGAUUUGGAGAAAGCUUUCAACACUCCAUCCAAGAAAUUCAUAAUCAGGACACCUGGUGAAUAUCCAAGUCUAAAAGUGGUAAUAUCUGGCUAUAAGCAAACUGUUGAUUCAGUUCGGAAAAAACUUGAAGACUACUUAUGUCAGAAUGCUCCAGUUGAUGAAACUCUUGAAGUCAAGUCUAAGGCCAUUGUCAAAUUCAUUGAGGAACACAACAAAAAUGCUUGGUCUGAUAAGGUUAAAGACACAGUAAACGUGUCUUUCAAAGAUAAGGCCAUUUGCCUUAGCGGCAUCAGGGUUUAUGUCAAGGACUGCAUGGACUUAUUUCAAAACUUAAUAUCCUCAACAUCCUUUGAUAUUUUGAGAGUCUCCAAGCCUGGUGGAAAGAAGUUCUUCAAGGAAAAGGAGGCCAUGUGUGUUGAGGAAGUCUUGAGACAGACUGGCUGUGUGGUCCAUCUGGUUGAAAAGGAUGACCAGACGGUCCAGGCUAUGGAAAUCGCAGUUCAGAAGGGGUUUGGGAGUGAUGGAAAAAGUAAUCAGCAACAUAAUCAUCCAACCUUCUCGACACAGAACCAGCAUAGACGGAUUCAGAGUACGGAUGGUUCUGACAGAGUGCAGACCAAAGAGGGGUUGACAAUCAUCCUGAUGAAAGGGAACAUCCAGGAUGCUACGGUAAAUUAUCACUAGUGUGUCCUGUUCCUGGCUUUUGUCUCAGUUGUCUUAGUUCAACCUUCAUUCAAUAUAGAUUCAAUCAAAACAGGAUAUACAGUAUCAGAGAUUACCCUUUGGGCACUUAAAUUAUAUGCACUAAUAAUUGUCAUUGAAUUAAAUCCACAACACAUUUAAAACUAGCCAUUAACCAUGCAGUGCAACUAAAAGAUCUAUAAAAUAUUUGUGUUUGUCUGUUACAGACUCAGGUGGUUGUGAACACAGUGGGUCUAGACCUGCUACUUCAUAGUGGAGCGGUCUCCAAUGCCAUCCUAAAAGCUGCCGGACCCCGACUUCAAGACCUGAUAAAAGAACAGGAGGCCGCUGGCAGUGCUGCUGCAGGAGCAGUCAUCAUCACUGAUGGCUGCAACCUUAAGAGCAAGCUGGUGUUUCAUACCAUUGCCCCUAAGUGGGAUCAAGGGAAAGGUGCAGCACAGAAGGUAGAAAGCUGUCUACGUAUCUCACUGACUUCUUAGAUCAAGUAAAAUGUACUGUCAAAUGCUGCUAUAACCUUUCCAAGUUAAGAUGGUCAUUUUGAACACCCCAUUGUUGUCUCAAUCAAUUUGUAUCGUACAUUUCUUUUUUUUUUUUUUUUUUUUUUUUACAAUUCAAUAUUUUGAAUGGAACCUGUAUCCAGCACAGUAUUGCAAAAAAAGGUUGCAGUCCUAAAAGGCUUGGUGGUGGACAAAAUCGUAAAAACCUACAGUGCCUGGUCCCCUAAUUACCAAUUAUAACACAUUUGCUACAAUUUAUUUAUAAAGGUAACAUAAAACAAACAACUUGUGCCUGACAUCCCACAGUUGUUGAGUGGAAUUGUGGAGGAAUGCCUGGUGGCGGCAGAGCAGCAGAAACUAGUCUCGAUGACCUUCCCUGCCAUCGGCACAGGAAACCUGGGCUUCCCUAAGGAUCUGGUGGCUUCACUUAUGCUGGAUGAAGUCCUCAAGUUCAGCAGUAAGAAGAAGCACAAACACUUGAAGGAUGUUGUGUUCAUCCUCCACCCAGGUGAUCCAGGUACUAUC